GGGAGACAAUCGGUGUCGUAUACAUAAUCUGACACGGCAGAUUAAUCCGAUAACAUACAAAGUUUAUAAAAGAAUAACAACGAACAAACUUGAGUUGGAAAUGGGUAAACGACGCAUUGGAAUUGUCGGUUACGGGAAUUUAGGUCAGUACCUUGUGCAACAGAUACAGUCACGUGGCGAUUUGGAACUGGCGUUUGUCUGGAACAGAACUUCGUCUGCUCUAGAGGGAAAAGUGGAAAAACCGUGUAUUCUAGAAGAUCUCAAUAAUUUUGCUGAAAGAGAAGCUGAUCUGAUUGUUGAAGUUGCUCAUCCAUGCAUUACCAGAGAUUAUGGCGAAAGAUUUCUUGCACAUGCAGAUUUCAUGAUCGGAUCGCCAACAGCAAUGGCGGAUGCUAGCACUGAGCGGAAGUUGCGAGCGGCAGCCAGUCAGAACGGGCUGUAUGUUCCAAGUGGUGCAUUAUGGGGCGGGGAGGACAUAAGGCGUAUGGCAGACAGAGGAACUUUACAGGCAUUAAAGGUGACAAUGAAGAAGCCACCAGAAUCUUUCAAAUUGAACGAGCCUCUGAAGAGUAAGAAUGACGCUGUAAAGAGUGAUGCAGUGAUAUUAUAUGAUGGUCCCGUUCGUGAGUUGUGUCCCCUCGCUCCAAACAACGUUAACACAAUGGCGGCAGCGGCAGUUGCAGCACACAACCUCGGCUUUGAUAAGGUGCAGGGCUCUAUUGUCUCAGAUCCCAGUUUAACGGACUGGCACGUGGUGCAGGUUGACGCCUGGGGACCAGGAAAUAUAGAAGACGACACUGCGUUCCAUUGUCAGACUAUCCGUAGAAAUCCCGCCAAAAUUGGUUUCGUCACCGGAUCAGCAACUUAUGCCUCAUUCUUGUCAAGCAUGAUUGGUGCACGUGGCAAAGGACCGGGUGUGCAUUUAUGUUGAAAGUGCAUUCACUAGAUGAGAAAUGUAUAAAAGUAUAACCUAAAAAUCAAGGACCAUAAAAUACUUCACUUAAGUGAUAUGAUGGCAUUUUCCUCAAUUUUCGUAGUGUUAAUUUAAUCAGUAGUAUUGAUAUAUUCUGGUACGGUGAUACAGAAGUGUUAAGAGAUGUAUUUAUACUAACACGUGCACACGUAUUAGUUACUGUUUGUGCACGUAAAUACUAAUACGUGUGCAUGUAGUAACUUUUACGUGUGCACGUAAUAAGUAAUACUUGGGCGCGUAAUAACUAAUACGUGCGCAAGUAAUAACAAAUACGUGAGCACAUGAUAACUUAAACAUGCCCACGUACAGCUUAUUACGUACAUAUGUAUUAGCUAUUGCGUGCGCUUGUAUUGUUUUUAAAAACAUCGGCCCACGUACUACUGUAAAAAUUUGCGCAAGUAAUAGAAACAAAAAAGAAACAUAUAUCUGCGCACGUACCACUCCCCAUGUUGUAAAGUGUCAGUAAUUGGCUUCUUGUCACGUGCGCACAUACUAGCUUUUACGUGCGUACAUGUUACCGUAAGUUUGUAGGGAUAACGCUGUUUUUUUCGUGUUAUAAUGCUGUUUUAAUACGAAAUGAACAUGCGUUAACACUAUCCUGGCAUAAAACGCGUAAAAACUGAUAAACGGAUAAAUUAUCAAUCAACUUCAUUAAAUUUCCAUGAACAACGUUUUAGCUCAUCUGAAUUUUUGAGAGAAAAAAACAUGAUGAGUUAUUGUCAUCACUUGAUCGGCGUCGGUGUUGGCGUUGCCUUGUUAAGUUUUGUGUUUAGGUCAGAUUUUUCUCCUAAACUAUCAAAGCUAUUGCUUUAAAACUUGCAACACUAAAUGAUUGUCUUGUUCACCAUCAUAAGCUGACUCUGUACAGCAAGAGACAUAACUCCAUCUUGCUUUUUGCAAGAAUUAUGGCCACUUUUGGACUUAGAAAAUAUCAGAUUUCUUGGUAAAGUUUUGUUUUUAGGUCAGCUUAUCUCCUUAACAGUCAAAGCUAUUGCUUUAAAACUUAAAGAAGCUUUUUGCCAUUAAAAGCUGACUCUGCGCAGCAAGUACCAUAACUCUACAUUGCUUUUUGCAAGAAUUAUGGUCCCUUUUGGACUUGGAAAAUCAUUGGUAGGACAAAUUUCUAUUUUACAGAGACAAAAAAUCAGAUGAGCGUCUGCACCCGCAUGGUAGUGCUCUUGUUUCACGUUGACGUUAUUUCCUUGCAAAUUAUCCGUUGUGGGCCGUCAUGCGUUUACUCUUUGCCACGGAAUGCGCAUAUAUAAAUAGGUGUUUUAGCAGCUCGUGAGCGCGAGAAUCUCUCUGUUAGGCUUAUACACGUUUUCUCUCCUGUCACCCCCGAAAAGUGACAAGAACAACAGUUUUUAUGCUAGAAUUUAUACUAAUACGUGCGCAGAUGUUUUAUACUAAAACUUGCGAUGGUAUAAAGUAGUACAAAACAUCUAUCUCUGAGCCACUAUGGAUCAGUUGUAAAUAUUGUUUUGUAUAUUAAAAUUACUUCCAAUGCUUGGUUGGCAUUUUAAAGUAUGCAUUUAAGGUACAAAAAUGAGGCAAAUUCCUUAUAUACGCCUUAUCUGUGUUGAAAUUCGUUUCGUUUUUUUUAUGUAAAAGUAAAGAAUACAAAAGUAUGUGUCUAAAAUUUUAGGUUGUUUUUGUUUGUGUUGAUAGGUUGCCAACUUUAAUUCGCAGUGUAAAUGCAUUUAUCAUCUUCGUUAAUGCCUGGGUUUUGCUGCGAUUUAAUGUGUAAAGAAUUAUAGUGAGAAUGAAAAUGAACUUGUAUUUGAAAAAGUUAAGGCGAAAAAAAAUGUUUGUUUCCGGUAUCCCGACCUACCCUAAAUUUUUGGCCCGACCCUAAAUGUUUUUAUGGCCUUGGAGAAUAUAUUUUUCAACUGCACUUUUUAUGCUUU